ACGUUUUCUGUUUCUUUUCCAGUCCUUUCUUCCCUUCCAUCUUCUUCUCCCUCACUCCCUCUCCCUCCCCCUCCUCUUUUUUUACUGCUUUGCUAUCAGUUUCCAUGGUCUCCUUCCUUCGACAAAUGGGUCUCUGCUUCAGAGACCAUUGUCGAGUUAACUGCAUUCAGUGAGAGACCCUACCUUUUUCUAGCGCCUUACGGAAGGGAAUCUCUGCUCCAUGGAAUUUCCAUCAUCGUCACUAAUGGAGUUGAAGCUCGAGCACCACCUAACCCAUUGCCCCCAACCCACCUUUUAAAUCCGUGAAAUUUCACCUCUACCCCUCCAAAGCUUCAAACUUUGGCCUCCUGAUCCGUUCCUUAAGCUUAUCCGCGCCUCUGGCCGGAAUGUCCAACGUCGAUUUGGAGCUGGGACGGCGGCGGAGCUCAGCCGCCGGGAAUGACGUCAGCUCCGGUGACGAGGAGGAUGGGAGCCUCUGCUUCUCCGACGCCGAGGAGGGUGGGUCCUGCUACUCCCAGUUCUAUUCCACCGCGGGCGGGUCCUACGACGAGCACAGCUUCUCGUGCGUGCUGGACCCGGAGAUCUUGGGUGGGUCGCGGUCGGCCAGGGCGUCCUCGGCGGGGUCGGAGUGCUCGGUGGAUAUCGAGGCGGGGGUGCCCGAAGUGAAGGUGCAGUUGUCGAAGCUGGAGAGGGAGAGGGACUGCAGAAUCUGCCACUUGGGGCUGGAGAGCAACAGUCACGAGUCGGGCGCCCCGAUCGAGCUCGGAUGCUCUUGCAAGGACGAUUUGGGGGCUGCCCACAAGAACUGUGCCGAGACCUGGUUCAAGAUCAAGGGCAACAAGACGUGCGAGAUAUGUCAUUCCAUUGCACGCAAUGUGGCUGGGACGAAUGAGGUGGAUACUGUGGAGCAGCAUAACGAAGCUGAGACCGCCACAGUCGUUUCUGCAAUCUCAGCCCCCGGGCCCCAGUCCGAGACCCGACACUUUUGGCAGGGCCACAAAUUCCUCAACUUCUUGCUUGCGUGCAUGAUAUUUGCCUUUGUCAUAUCAUGGCUCUUCCACUUCAAUGUCCCGUCCUCGUAGACCGACUCUCCUGGAGACACAGAAAUAAGUCUGAGGAAUGAAAAACCAUGGAGUGCGGUUUUUCCUCUCGAGAGUCAGCUGAGGGUAGAGAUGAAGAAAAUGUAUACUGAGCAAAUUUUACGGUUAGAGUCCCAUAUCAGAAAAAAUGUCGCCAUGGCAUUGCCAGAUGCUCGAGUAGGGGAUUGCUUUAUACAGCCAUUUAUACGAUUUAACUCGCUCCUCUGCUCUGGUGAAGAUAAAAAUGUGCAUUUGCAGUUUCCAUAUGGUUAUAUAUUUAUAUAUAGAGAGAGAGAGAGAGCUUAUGAUGAUUUUCUUGUUCGACAGUGUUGUCUUUGUGAAAUGGAUAGUUUUAUAUCGGUUAUGGGACU